GAAAAGCUCAUUUCACUUAUUGAAAAUAAAGUUUCCUUACUUGUUUACCAAUCAACCAGAGCAGGUACAGAUACUGUGUUAAAAACCCUGCUAAAGUAUUUUAUUUACUCUAUUUUGUUGUGUUAGCUGACUGAGGUUUGAUGUUGCGUCCUUUUAUACUAGAACUUCGUUACAUUCUCUUGAACAUCCCUUCAAACAGGAAAUGAGUGGGCCAGGAAGAUGUUUUUGUGCCUUUCAUAUUAUAUUCCACUUAACUCAUGAAUUUAACCCUUUAAGCCCCAGUAUCCCAAUACAAACUCUCCAGACUGAUCUCCAUACAUUUCCUGCAAGAAUUAGUUUAGAGAAUUUGAUAGCAGAUCAAAGCUUUUUCCAUCAGGUGAUUAUUUUAUUGAUUCUCACAACAUUUUCCUUUGAUUAUGUAUUGAUUUUGUUUGGAGAAAACUGACUUUGGUCAUUCUUGGGACUUAAAGGGUUAAAUUAUAAUACUCAUGACUCUGUCAUUAACCCAUUCUUCCCUGAACCUUCCAGCAAAAACCCCAGAGCAAAUGGGUUAAGGGCUGUGUACCCUGCUAAGCCAUAAUGUGGUUGAGCAUAAAUGUAUUAAUGGUAGGCAUCAGUUAACCCAAAAAGAGAUUGCAUAUCAAGGAUAUUAAAAUGUUGUGCAAGGAACAUGCAGCCCUAAAUUAUGCCAAUGAGAUUAUCCUUUUAGUGUAAGUAAAAGCUGUUAUCACAACACUUAUUUUUCAGGUGGUGUUGAAAGGUACUUAUCCAAAACGGAGUGCAAUUUUUCAGGUAUAAGAAUUAAAUUAUUGAUUUAGUUUCCUUAAAAUGGAAUAUUUUUUGACAUAAAAUACAAUGCCUUUUGUAACAGGUAACCCUGUUAACAGCUGUCAUUUUCAACGUUGUCUUCUUUCAUGGAAUAUAAUACCAAGAUGUCAGCAAUUUCUGUUUGACUUAAUGAUUUUUAACAAACAUUUUGAAGAGAUGAACAAAUUAAGCCGAGCCACUGACCUUUGUUGUCUACAAGUUUGACUGAAUCAUAUGUACCCAACUUGGACCAAGGAGCAAGCAUAGCAGUUAGUGUGUGGCCUUUGGUGGGAGAGGUCCCAAUUUAGAUCCCCAGUGACAUCACAUCCUUGUUUCAAUUUCUCUCCAUUCUGUGUAGCUUUAACUAGCUUUUAAAUACCCAUAAAAUGGAGCAUUGAUGGAGAGAGGGGUAAAAUGAGCACAUCACUGAUCCAAAGUUUAUCAGUUGAAUUACUGUCACGAGUUUAAUUGACAAAAUAUGGUUGCAUUUCCUUAAUUUUUAUUGCAUUUACUGUUGAGUUUCUGGUGCAAAUUUGACUUGCAAAAUUGCCUUUCUCUGAUAGGAUCCUUGUGCUUCCCAUGUUGCAGUUCUCAUAAGGUAGCUAUUAUGCUGCUUUUCAUUGAUGUCUAGCAUGGUACAUGGUUAAUCAAAUAUAUUGGUAUAAGAUAAUGUGUUUAUGCUAGUUGAGGCCGGGGUACCUCACAACUAAACAUAUCAAAGGAUGAUCCCAAAUUUUAAGGUAAAUGAAAGGCUUGUACUAUAUGUUGAAGCAUAAAAACAAAAAGUGAGUUUUGAAAAACUGUGCUAUGCUGUUGAUUUUGUUUUACAUUAAACUAAUUAAAGUACCGCAAAAUUAAUAUUUAUAGCCUCUUUCAGAACUUUGAUUAUUAACAAUAUGAUCUUGUACAUACUUUUUGCCAAGUAAAUUUCAAUGUUCUUUUUAGCUCAAUCUGUGUGUUAACUCAAGACAAUUUUGAAAGUGCUCAACAGCUGAAAAUGUCCUCAAACUUGCUUAUGGUAAGCAUUUAUAAAAGAUCUGAAUUGAUUAAAUUUACUUUAUAAAAGGUUGUCAAUCUGUAUAAUGUUUGAACUCCAUAUUGCUGAAAUUACAUGACAUUAACUUAGAGAUAUCAUCUAGCUGACUUGUAGGUCUGGGGAAUAGAAUUCCCCACCCUCCCUCCCAGAGUUGAAUGUGCAGGUGCUGGUACAUUUAAGGGUGCUUUCCAUUGGGAUGAUCUGGAUCAGGAUCAGUGAUCUAAGAUCACCCAGAUCAUUUUACAUCAAAUGAGCCAAUGAAUCUUUUGCCAAGGUAGGGUGGAUUCAUCAUGCCAGUUUUUUUAAUGUACCAUCUGAUACAAGAUCAUUCAAUGGAAUGCACCCUAAAGGUGUUAGGAUCAGGAUUCACGGGGUUCAAGUUGCAGAACCUUUAGUCACACCCACACACCUGUAAAUGAAACACUCUGAAAUAUUUUCCUGGGCCCAGUUGUUCAAACAUUGGAUAGCGCUAUCCACUGGAUCCAUCCUACGGGAUUAGGGAAAAACCAUCCAGUGGAAAGAGAUUUAUCCAGGUGACCUUUUUCAAACUGGGGUAGUUUGUUCAAAUGUUGGAAACUCAAUGGAUAAAUCAAUCCAGUGGGUAAGUAUCCAUUGGAAAGAGAUUUAUCCAUGCAGUGGAUAGUGUUAUCCACCUUUUUCAAACUGGGGCCUGGCCCCAGUUUGUUCAAAUGUUGGGGCCAACGGAUAAAUCACUAUCCAGUUUGUUCAAAUGUUUGGAUAGUGCAGUGGAUAGUGUUAUCCACUUUUCAACUAAGUUUGUUCAAAUGUUGGAUAAACUCAAUGGAUAAAUCACCAUCCAGAGGAUAAGUAUAAGGAAACCAAUUGCGCUAUCCAGUGGAUAGAGAUUUAUCCAUGCAGUGGAUAGUGUUAUCCACCUUUUAAACUACUGGGACCUGGCCCCAGUUUGUUCAAAUGUUGGAUAGUGCUACUCAACGGAUAAAUCACCAUCCAGAGGAUAAGUAUAAGGGAAACCAAUUGCGCUAUCCAGUGGAUAGAGAUUUAUCCAUGCAGUGGAUAGUGUUAUCCACCUUUUAAACUACUGGGACCUGGCCCCAGUUUGUUCAAAUGUUGGAUAGUGCUACUCAACGGAUAAAUCACCAUCCAGAGGAUAAGUAUAAGGGAAACCAAUUGCGCUAUCCAGUGGAUAGAGAUUUAUCCAUGCAGUGGAUAGUGUUAUCCACCUUUUAAACUACUGGGACCUGGCCCCAGUUUGUUCAAACAUUGGAUAGUGCUAUCCACUGGAUAAAUCACUAUCCUACGGAUAAGUAUUAGGGAAACCAAUUGCGCUUAAUCCAGUGGAAAGAGAUUUAUCCAUGCAGUGGAUAGUGUUAUCCACCUUUUCAACUACUGGGGCCUGGCCCCAGUUUGUUCAAAUGUUGGAUAGUGCUACUCAAUGGAUAAAUCACUAUCCAGUGGGUAAGUAUAAGGGAAACCAAUUGCGCUAUCCAUUGGAAAGAGAUUUAUCCAUGCAGUGGAUAGUGUUAUCCACCUUUUCAACUACUGGGGCCUGGCCCCAGUUUGUUCAAAUGUUGGAUAGUGCUACUCAACGGAUAAAUCACCAUCCAGAGGAUAAGUAUAAGGGAAACCAAUUGCGCUAUCCAGUGGAUAGAGAUUUAUCCAUGCAGUGGAUAGUGUUAUCCACCUUUUAAACUACUGGGACCUGGCCCCAGUUUGUUCAAAUGUUGGAUAGUGCUACUCAACGGAUAAAUCACCAUCCAGAGGAUAAGUAUAAGGGAAACCAAUAAUCUGCUAUCCAUUGGAUAGAGAUUUAUCCAUGCAGUGGAUAGUGUUAUCCACCUUUUCAACUACUGGGGCCUGGCCCCAGUUUGUUCAAAUGUUGGAUAGUGCUACUCAACGGAUAAAUCACCAUUGUAUAAGGGAAACCAAUUGCGCUAUCCAUUGGAAAGAGAUUUAUCCAUGCAGUGGAUAGUGUUAUCCACCUUUUCAACUACUGGGGCCUGGCCCCAGUUUGUUCAAAUGUUGGAUAGUGCUCCUCAACGGAUAAAUCACUAUCCAGUGGGUAAGUAUAAGGGAAACCAAUUGCGCUAUCCAUUGGAAAGAGAUUUAUCCAUGCAGUGGAUAGUGUUAUCCACCUUUUCAACUACUGGGGCCUGGCCCCAGUUUGUUCAAAUGUUGGAUAGUGCUCCUCAACGGAUAAAUCACUAUCCAGUGGGUAAGUAUAAGGGAAACCAAUUGCGCUAUCCAUUGGAAAGAGAUUUAUCCAUGCAGUGGAUAGUGUUAUCCACCCAACUUGGGGCCUGGCCCCAGUUUGUUCAAAUGUUGGAUAGUGCUACUCAACGGAUAAAUCACCAUCCAGAGGAUAAGUAUAAGGGAAACCAAUUGCGCUAUCCAGUGGAUAGAGAUUUAUCCAUGCAGUGGAUAGUGUUAUCCACCUUUUAAACUACUGGGGCCUGGCCCCGGUUGUUCAAAUGUUGGAUAGCGCUAUCCAGCGGAUAAAUCGCUAUCCAGCGAAUAAAGCAAUUGUUUCCCGUAAUAUGUAUCCACCGGACAGGGAUUUAUCCGGUGGAUAGCGCUAUCCAGCUUUUGAACAAUCUUUGCUUGGUUCUUAGAAGCAUAAGCCUCAGCUACCCUAAUAGAAACACAGUACAGUGACUAAAGUUCAUAUUACUAGUUUACUCUUUUACUUCCCCAAGCUACUACAAUCCUGCCUGAUAUCUUAAACUGUUAACAAAACAUUUUUGCAACCUUUUCUUCCUUAGCAAUCUGAAGGAUUUGUGAAGUCUGUGGUAUUUUCUGCAUCAAACCUUGUUGUCCUCUUGGAAUCAGGCAGGGUCUUUGUGUUUAAUGGAACAACACAAACUUGGGGAAAUCCAUCUGGUGAGUUCUGUUAACUGGUGCUUGUAGGCUUAUUGAGACUAUCCUAAGAAAUAAAAUUUGUAACGAUUGCUGUUGAUGAAACAAUUGACUAUCUUAGAGAUUAAAGUUACGAUCACAUUGUCAUUGCGAUCAACUUUGACAAUACAUUAGUUGCACAAUGAAGACAAAGAAAUCUGCAAAACGUGUGCUGCACGUUCAGUCUUUUCGUUUUCCUUAUAAAAGCUCUUGUUUUUUAUAUUAUUAUUUUCUUUUUUCCAUCGAUCAUCAAUGUCAUGGCAGCUCAAGCUCACUUAUAGCAUUAUCUUAAAAAACAAUUCUUGAAAUGCGACAAUAUGAUUGAAAACGUGCAACAAAAAUGACGUCCUCAGGUACCCAUAGAGAGUCUCCUCACUAGAAGACAGUUUUUCCCCCUUCAACUUUAACUUUUGAGUCUAUGGAUGAAAUCCCCUGGUAUUGCCGUUCAAAUAAAACCUUUAAAGUAGUCAGUCUCACACUGUGCGUUUUAUUAUACUUUACAAACAAGUUCUGAGUUUCGAGUGCAUGGAUGAAAUCCUGUAGUGUGACCAUUCAAAUGAAAUCUCAUCGGCAGUAUGGUUAUAUACUUUCACUUGGUACUAUCAAUUAGCUGUAUAAACACUGGUUCUGAAUACUGAGUUUUUAAACAAAAUCCUGUUAGUGUGACCAUUGCUUGGUAUCAUCAGUCUAGCACUGGGUAAAUACAUUUAUAUUGCCAUGCAAGGUAAUUACUUUUACUAUUUUAUCUCUACGCAGGUUUACCUCAGCGGGGCCUCAACGGAGUGGCAUCACAGAAAAAAUGCUUGGAAGAUUCAAAGAACGUGGUAACACAAUUCUUGUUGUUUUUAAGUGUAGAAGUAACAAGCAAAUUGGUGAUUAGUUUUCUCUUAUUUUACAGAUUAUGACUGGUGUUGUUUUAGGGUGGACAAAUGAGGUAUUAUCUCUCCCUCUUACUGCUUAUCGUAUUGUAUACCUCGUCUUCAACCACAUCUCAGGGACGAUCUCUGCCAAUCUAGUUCUCAAACUUCUGUUCGCCCAAUAACUCAGUUAGAGACGCUUGCUAUGCAGGAUUAAAGCAUCCCAUUUGUUUCUUUUUUCACUUCUCUUUCUCUUUUCCCAUUUAUUUAUCUUGUUAUUCUUACUUACAGAGUGCUGACUUUGUUAUUUACAUCUCAAAAGACAGUGGAUUAUCAUUCCAGUAUCUUCCAAUCCAAGGCCUGGGUGUCACUGUCAAAUCUGUAUGUAACCAGUUUUAAUCUUUUUGCAUUUUUAACUUGCGUUUCUUGAGAAAAAUAUUCAUCUGGUAAUUCGUUCAGGAAAGCUUCAGAUUCACCUUACUUAUUUGGCGUUAUUUUCCAAAUUUGAAUUGCAGUACAUUAAACAGUUUUCACCAUUUGAUGAAAAACCAGCAACUGGUUUUUUCUUAGGAUCUCUGCGAAGAAUAUUGUUUACUUAAACUGCACUUCACACCACGCAGAAUUUCACACUAGGAAAAAAAAUCAGCAAAUUGCAGGGAAAUGCAAAGGUUAUAAAAGAAAAUCGUUUUUGUUUUUACCUUAGCAUUGUAUUUUAUGUUGAGGCUAAACGUGAAACUGUUUGGACAAGUACCCUACAUCAAGGAUGGAUGGUACCCUACAUCACUUACUUCUUUCUUUAGUUCAUUACUUAUAGAGUUCAUAGUCUCUCAGAACAUACGGUAAAAUUCCGAAAAUAAGCCCCGGGGCUUAUAUUUUUCAAAUGCCCUUUUUGAGGGGCUUAUUUUUGGAGGGGCCUAUAUUCGGAGGGGCUUAUGUAUCGGUUAGGCUAGCUUGUAGUGGAAAGGAAAUUUACCAUUUUUGCUUUGUUUUACUUUGCAUUCGAGGGCAAAUUCCAAGUACAAGUCCCCCGGGGGCUUAUAUUCGGAGGGGCGAUUUAACGGAGGGUUUUUUGCGUUACGAUUUUGGGGGGCUUAUAUUUGGAGGGGCUUAUAGAUGGAGGGGUUUAUUUUCGGAAUUUUACGGUAACUUGGUUAUUUCUCCUCUCAAUUAGGUAGCACAUGUUGAAAUACAUUGCUUGUUUCCGAUUGUAACCUUUCUUGUCAAUGCAACAACCUACAGUAACCAACAUAAGGUAAAGAUAAUCAGUACAGCUGCAUUGUGGUUUGACAUCUGAAUAGUGCAGGGUUCUCCACCAACUUUAGAAGUAGAUGGAGGAAAAAAGUAAGUAGGUUGCAAUGGGUUAGACCUAAAGACGAGCGCCUUUUUGCUUUUUUGUAGGAGAUGGGAUACGCCUCUUUUCCAUUAGGCCAUUCCCUGGAAAAUGUUAGUUUUAGGGGACCCUGAAACACUUCCAAAAUGACAAGACAGCGAUAUUUACUGGUCGCUGAAGCUUCCAGAGAGCCAUACAUUAGCAUUUUCUUACUGUGUGAAUACGUGAACCAGCAAUAACAGAUCAUAAGAAUUAAGGGAAUGAACCUCCUUAGUUACGGUACUCCGGUAGUAAAAGAGUUAACAUAAGCAUUAAAGGCAAAAAAUAGCUUCUCAUGCCUGAAAAGAUGACAAGAGUCUGAGAAAGAGGUCCUUUAAACUCCUCGAAACGUGUUUAUACUUAUGAAGUACUUAAUUUAAUAUUUGUUACUUUUCUUUUCUUGCAGAUGUUGUUUGUUCAGUAUUCUUUUUUAGAUGAUACAUGGGAGGAAAAGGGGUUUCAACUGUCUGGUUUUAUUCAUGGUAAGUGAGCGACAAAAUAUUCAGGUCAUAUGGCUUGUUUUAAUUGGGCAGCAGUAGAAUCAAUGUCGAAGUCAAGUGAAGAUCAUCGCAGUGAAAUACGCAACUUAUGCAGCUACGAAAGGAAAGCCUGAAGAAGCUGUUUAGGCUUGCCAGAAUUCGAACCCUGAGCUCUGCGAUACCGAUGCAGUGCUAUAACCAUAAUUGCCAUUGUCCUCGUAGCACACGGUGUUAAUGCGUAACAUUCUAAGCAAAGGUUCGAUACCUGCCGUCGUCCAUUUUUUCUACGAAUUCAAUACAUUCUUUUAUUCAGGCUUUUCUUCUCUCAACUGUAUUAUUGCGUAUUUCACUGUGAUGGUCCUCUUUUCAUUUAUUUCUUCUUUGGGCGGUUACAUAAAUGAAAUUCAUAUAUUCAUCAUUUACAUUUCAAAACCAAAUAUUUCUUUACACAAGAUCGGUUUAUGUGAUGGAUGCUUCCAAGUUACUUUGUUAACUAAUUCUUUUCUUUGUGGAAGGAAUCAUGACAUGAUAUCAGAGCUGUUCCUGGUUUUAAGCCCCAUAACUGGCCAAAAACAAAAAUGAAGGCAGCUCUUUUCCAAUACAAAGUCUUUUAAUCUCGCACCUUAGUGCUUCGCUGAAUGGUGGUAACAAGCCUAUUCUCUGCAGUAUCUUCUCCUCAGACCUUACUUUGAGUGAAGUCAAAAACAUCUCGACUUAGUGGGCCCUUUGAAGCGAGAAAUUCACGUGGCAUAAAUUCGCCCUGCUCGAGCGCAAGAGCCGCACUGGGACAAGACAAACAAAGGAAAUACCCAUUUGAAAUGAUGUAAGUCUUUUGUCUGUCUUGUCCCAGCAUGUCCCUUAGUAGUAUAGGGCGCACGGAAAGAACCCCGGAAAGAAUUGGAAUCACAUUAGUUUGAGGUGGAAUACAUUUUAAAAUACUGAUGACUAAGAAAUCGCAUCAUCUUAUCUUAAUGAAAUGUCACCGCAUUUUAUUCAUGAAUUAAAGACAGUGGCUAUGACGUCAUCUAUCUAAAACCUGUCAAACCGUUACCAUCACUUAAACAUAGCACAUCAUCUUAUUUUAAUGGGAUUCUACCACAUGACGUCUGUGCUAUGACGCCAUUGGUGCUAAUGUAUUUCACUAGAUAGUAAUAAGAUUUAUUUUUAAAAAGUGGUUAAUUCAGUGCACUCUAUACUACUUCCCUCACUCUCCUCCUGCAUGGCUAGCUACAAUGACUAGCUACAAAGAGCUUUUCAGCCUAUUCGUAGCAAAUAGACACCUCGGAAAGCUUUUUUUACUUUUUUUACCAGAACAUACAACACGGUUGUUGUUAUUAUUAUUAUUGUAAGGAUACUGAGCCCUCUCCCGAUCGCCGAAUGAUAAAACUUCUAACAUUUAAUAACUAGUUUCCGCCCCUGACUAUGACAUUUUCGCUUAAGCCCUUCGUACAGCUACCCGGUAAGAAUGUCGACGGCUUUCACGUUUUCCAGGCAAAAUGACGCUGGGUCACGCGCUAGCACUUAGUAUUGGGAAACUCUCGUUCUUGUAGUCGUCCCUGUCUUAGUAUCUAAAGGUCUGUGCUAUUCAGAACAGCACCCGCCCAGAAAAUCACAUCCUACCAUCUUAUUACCGACGCAACUAUGCUGUGCAAUGUCUCUCGAUCAGUUUUCAAAACAAGUCAUAGGCCUAGGCCAAACGUCGAACUUUUCAUGAGUUAAGUUCAUGAAAAGUUCAACGCCUUACUCAGUUAAGUUCGUCUGAAUGAGGUUGGAACGUCCAACACGUUCUAUCCGUCUGAACAUGUGAAGAUCGUCCCCAGGACAAACGUCGAUCUUCAUAUUCGACGAACUUAACUAAUAAAUUAAAAAAGAAUUGUAUAAUAAUGUUAAUUACUGACCAGCUAAAGUUGCUUUUUGGUCUGAUUUAGUUGAUUGGUUCGACGCGUCCUAGGUUCGGCGUCAGACACAACAAACGAUCGUAACUAAAUUUAGGUCGACCCAAAUUAGAUUUUGGUUUGUCUCGUUAAUAGUUCGGCGUGUGGCCUUUGCCGAUAGUGAGAUUGCGGGAGUCCACCCAUACGAAAGGAGCAAUUCUCCAGGCCAGGAUCUGGCCGUUUGUGGCAACAGUGCUUCAUUUGAAAAUGGAAAUGGUUAUAGGUCUAAAGUUACAGUAAAAUGGCCAACUAACCGUGCAACUUGCUUCGAAACAUUGCUGCAAAAUGAGUUGAAUUGCGACGUUCACGUUGUACCACCCUCGUUCAAACCUGUCUUGCAACGAAUCAGGUUGAGACAGGUUGCGUUAACACUGACUUCUGAUUGGAUAAAAUUAUGUGGGAGUUACGUCGCUUGCUGCAAAACAAGUUUGCCUUGGGCCGGUAAAACGCGCAACUUGUCAGAUUUUGAAAAUGCAGAAAUGAUCGUCGUAGUGAACGCAAUUUAUGCAAUUGUGUAAAGAAGCCUGAAAAAAAUUCAGGACUUCAACGGGUUUUUUUUUUCAGGCUUCUUUACGCAAUUGCAUAAUUGCGUUCACUGCGACGAUCAUUUCUUCAUUUUCAUUUCCGCAGUUCAUAUAUGAUUUAUUUCAUAUAUCAUUAACAUGUCAGAUUUUGUUGCAAAAAGUAAGACUACUCUCUACUUUCUGCAAAAACUUGAUUUGUUGCAAGACGGGUUGGAACAUGGGUGGUAAAACGCGCAACGUCGUUUUUCAACUUGUUUUACCGUUUUACCGUAUCUUGACUCCAGUCUUGUUUGUGCCCGCUUUUUCAACAGGGCCGCCUGUUUCUUUCACUUUUGCUCCACCGAGCAGUCAGUUUGUGGUUGUUUGGAGCCAGAAAACGAUAGCAUUUGGAAGACUGGACGAAACAGGUAUAUAAGUAAGAAAAAUAUUUGAUAAAUGGUAGGAUUUAACAUAGCAACAAGGAAGGCGACGGCUGAGAAAACGUCUCUUAAAAGUUAAUUCGCCCUGUUUCUGAAACCUCAUCGCGUUAUUCCAUCUCGUUCAAUUUAUCAAAAUUUGGCAAAUUCUUCGAGAGUUGAAUUCUAUGAAACUGUAUCGAAGUUCAAGGAAAGAAACAGAAAAUUGUUGUCUUGUGUUCACGUCUCCUAAAGCGUGAAUUUAGACACUUUUACGUGCUGACGGCAAAGAGAUGUGCAAAAACGCGGGAUGCACGUGCAGAAUUGUUGUUUUGCUAAUCUAAAAUUACUGCUUUUUUGCCUUUCUCGGUGCUUUCGCCGUCGCCGUCGUCGUUGCUAAUUAUAAAGCUUCCUAUUAAAACUUUAUUGACGUACGCAGGGGAAAGAAUUUUUUUAUCAUUUGCAGGCAUCUUUCUCACGGUGAAAGGCCACGGAAAUCUCACCGAUUUCACGCUUGGUAACAAUGAAACUAUGAAGUCUGUAAUACCAGGUGAGAUAAUUUUUUGUGAUUUCACAGGGAUCAAAAUAACGGCCGUUCAACGGCCAAUGUCCUACCAGAAUGUCGACUUGAGCGGCCAAAAACUCGCAGGUUCUUACAGCCGGUCACGCAUGCACACUCUCAUUCUUUAAUAACCAAGAGUGGUACUGUUGUUUAAUGCACUGCCUUCGGUGGCCGAGGUCCCGAGUUCGAUCCCCGGUGAUAUCGCAUCCUUUUUUCAACUUCUGUGUAGCUUUGACUAGCUUUAGGGCCUGUUUACAUGGAGGUGGGGGACCCCAGAUAGGUGAGGUAACACGUGGCGGGUCACUCCCUCGGGUCAUGUAACCGUGAUCAAAUUAAAAUGAGAGAUUAUAUGGACAGGCAGGUUACCUCACCUACCUGGGGUCCCCCACCUCCCUGUAAACAGGCCCUUAAAUACCCCUAAAUCGGAGCAUUGGUAGAGAUGGAGGGGGGGGGGGGGGGGCUAAGAUGAGCGCACUGUCGAACUACCUCAAGUUUAUAAGUUACUGCUGUCACGAGUUAUCGACGUAAAAUAUUGUUGCUUUACAACAGUACCUUUUUUACCUUUCAUCAUAGUUAAUUGAGUGGAAUGGUUAUGAAACCCGUCAGACUCCUUUGUUAUAUGUUUUUGUGGACCUGAAAGUGCACAACGUUCAAAAGAAUUCCUAUCAUUUUGAUUGUAUCGACCAAUAAAAACGUUGCAUUAAUUUAUUCCGUAACAAUUUGCCAACAGAAAACAAAGGAUUGUGCACUUUCACGGUACUUCCAACAUAAACUGCAGCAAUGUUGUUCUUAUCAUUGAUGUUUGCCGCUUUUCAUAACCAGUCUCCUCUAAUAACUAUGCUUUCAUACAGCAGUUUUCAUCCGUCGAGUUGUAUUUUUUCUGUUCUUGCCGUGGUCUCAGACCCCCCACCCCCUCCCCCCGAUUGACCUGCACCGUUCUAGACCUCUUAUUUCAUUGGUCCCUAUAACCUGCACUACCUAUUGUUUUCAGGGAUAAGGGCAUUGUUAUGUCACAAUCCCUGUUGUUUUUCCCAGCCAAUCACAAACAAUCUUUCAAAUAAAUGCAGAUCGCCCCUCUUAGACAUCAGUUGGGCUACUUCUUUGCAAAACGUGUGAAAUUUUACGCCAUUUUCUCUUGCGUUAGCAAAACAGAUGGAAACAGCUGAGCUAACGCAACCUCAUCUUCAGAGCCUCUAGGUUUGCUGUGUCGUUAUCCCGCGCGUUGAAUUCAUUUUACCGAAUAUCGCAGACGUCUUGCAAGUCUGGUCAACGGAUUUGAGCCAGUCAGAAAUGGAGAAAUAUUUUGAAUGAAUAAUAACACACGAUUCCUUGAUUCGCUCUGGCGAAGGGCUAACUUGGGCAACAUCAGCUUCAUAUUUUUUACGGUGUUGAAUUGAUCCUUCAGUAACCAACUCAGUUGACAAAACCAAAUUUUCAUAAUAGAUUGGAGUCAGUUUAAUAAAAAUGUCCGAAUCGAGUGGUUCCACUUUGGUUAAUUUUGAAGCAACUGACUUCUCCCUGGCUUGUAUGAUCGCUCAUUUAUCACAACUUCUUUAUUAUGACUCUCAGGAGGAAAUGGUGAGUUCGCUGUUCAUCUGUCGAACAACAGGAUAUUUUAUGGAAAAGCGUUCAUUCAACAUAUGGUUGAGGUAAAUCUGGUAAAAUUGAUAACUAUCAAACAGAAAAUCCCGAGGCCCGUUGAUGUUUUUUCGAAGCGAGCUAGAAAACUGGACCUUAGCGAUGAUAACUCAACUCGUAGCCCUAAAGUUAAGAUAUUGUAUAACAUUAAGGUAGUCUUUCUCCUUUUCUCCUUCUUAGAAUAAGUGAUUUUCAGCCUUUUCCCAGUAUUUAUUGUGAACAAGUGUUCUUUCUUCUCCCUUCAUCUCUCAGGAGGCAGCAUGCCCGAGUGGUUAGAGCGCCGGACUGCAACUCGGAGGCCCCGAGUUCGCGAGCUGGAUUUGUUCACGGGAGUCUCGUGUUCAAUCCUCGGUCAUCCUUGUUAAUAGCCAGCUGGUUUGCCUCCGGCUAGUAUAUUUGGGAUUCUUAUCAAUUUGAAUUAUUUGUUUCAGACAUCUGCUCAGCCCCACAAGCGUUAGUGCUAUAAAUACUGCCGAAGAUAAAUAAUGGAAUUGUUAUUACUACAGUCAACUCUCUCUAAGACGGACACCUUUGGGAGCGGCACUAAGUGUCCGUCUUGUAAAGAGUCAAAUAAAGGGAGUAAAGAAAGGCAGGGACCAACUCUGAGUGACCGUUUUGCAGAGGUGUCCGUCUUAUAGAGGUGUCCGUUAAGAGAGAGUCGACUGUAUUAUGAUUAUUAUUAUUAUUCAAUUGGCGCAGGUAUUUGCUGGAGAAGAUCCCUCUUCAACGAUGGCAGUUAUGUUUGAUGUUUUUGGCUCCUUACUGGUUAUCACCAAUAACAAGUACGUUGUCACUGCCCACUCUCCAAUAGUACAAUGUUUGCUUUGACCAUGAACACCAUUCGAGAAAAAUUUGAUUUAGACGUCGUGUGCGAGGAGUGAAACUGAAUUAUCGAGGCUUUAAGAACAGAAGAAUCUGCCAGAAAUCAGACUGCAUGCCUACCGUCAGGAUCCAAGAGAAAUGUUAUCAUAGAGGAAAGAUAGGACUGGAUGGAAUUUGGAUUGUAUCAAGAUAACCCCCCCCCCCCUCUCCCUCCCCCAAUAAUGUGAACCUGGUUAUAACAAUGGAGAGUAUUGGUCGGGAUCUUUACAUACUCACAGUUCCCACAGCGAGGCUAUUUGAACUCUUACAUUGACAAACAUGAACUACUUUUAGUCCUUACCAGUGGUAUUGUUGCCACAAAUUACCAUGACUGUUGAUUAAAGUUUCUUCAGGAAUGGGGGACAAACCGCAACGAGAUUUUGUGAAGAACCGAAAGAGCAACAUGUUUUGUUUGUGGAGGCUUUAGCAAAUUUGAUCAACGGGAAGAUCAACCGUGAAUCCCGCGACGGGAAGCAUUAAUUACAUUAAAAUACAUCUCAUGGUAACAUUGCUCUGUUGUUCUUUAUCAUUUCAGUGGAACAGUUUACACAAGAAAGCUACCUUUGGGGAAUGAAAUCUUGAAUGGUCUCUACCCACAUACAUCAUGUCCGGUUAGGAGUCGUCUGCGUAUUUUUUUUUGUAUAAUAAGCCAUUUCUGAGAAACUGUCACUUUCAAGACGAGGCUAAAUAAAACGCCUUUCUUGUGAAAAUGAGUUUUAUUUUUGUGGGAUUAAAAAAAUCCUAUUCUUAGGAAUAGCUUCAAAUUCAGCCUCGCCUUGAAACAGAGGCUUCGAGCAACUCGAAAAUGGCCUAUAGUUGCAGUCACGGCUGUAUGGAAAUGAAAAUUGGUUGUGCUGUGCGGUCUUAUCAGAUAGUUCACCAAGAGUAUUGUUUACGACUCUUGUUGUAGCUUAUUAAGGUGGCUCGACUGGAUUUUUUGGGGUUGAUACCUCCCAACUUUGAGCAUUAACUUCGUCGGCAUGAGUAAAGAUAUAGAAAGAAGGUUACCACAACUGUAUUUUAUAAAGAUGAAAAUUUUUUAUGAUUUGGGUUUUAUUGCAAUCGGAGUCGCCAUGGCAACGUUAUGACGCUAUUUCGUUUUUCAUUUAUCUUUGUGUUUCUCUGUUCCAGGAGUUUUUUGAAGAAAUCGCUUAAGGGAGUAUGUACCUGCUAUAAUUGCCUCCAUUAUGGCAAAGUUUGAACAAAUUCUAUGAGAGCGUUUUCGAAAUAUUUUGAAAUGUAGUUUUAAGAAUAAUAAAAACAGUGAAAUAGCAUGCUAGCCACACAAUUCGCUGACUGAUUUUAAGAAAAUGAUAAGCUUUGGGAACGAGGCUUCAUCUCAUAGUGGUUUGAUUCCAUUGAAAACUGCAUACGAAAAAAGAAGGGAAUCAAACCACUAUGAGAUGAAGCUUCGUUCCCAAAGCUUAUCAUUUUCUUAAAAUAUCAGCGAAUUGUGUGGCUAGCAUGCUAUUUCACUGUUUUUAUUAUUCUUAAAACUACAUUUCAAAAUAUUUCGAAAACGCUCUCAUAGAAUUUGUUCAAACUUUGCCAUAAUGGAGGCAGUUAUAGCAGGUACAUACUCCCUUAAACGAUUUCUUCAAAAAACUCCUGGAAGAGAGAAACACAAAGAUAAAUGAAAAACGUAAUGGCGUCAUAACGUUGCCAUGGCGACUCCGAUUGCAAUGAAACCCAGAUCAUAAGAAAUUUUCAUCUUAUAAAAUACAGUUGUGGAAACCUUUUUUCCAUAUCUUUACUCAUCCCGACGUAGUUAAUGCUCAAAGUUGGGAGGUAUCAACCCCAAAAAAUCCAGUCGAGCCACCUUAAGCCAUGUGGGUAUUUAUAGGCGAAUCUUCAUGCUGACGCCAUUGUUUACAUUUGCCCUCAUUAGCAUACGACUUAACUCGUAGAAGUGGUGGCCAUAUAUACGAACGAAAUUCAAAAAUUGCAAACAAUAUUGAAGGAAAUAUCAGCCAUCAAAAACUGCGAAAUUGCUGGGUGGCAAAAAAGUUAAUGAGCAAUACUUUCAUCGUAAAAUUUCGAGUGUUUAAAGAAAAAUUUCUCGUAAGCCAUUCGGUAUAUCGCGCAUAACUGAAAUUGUUAUGCCCUUUCAAUAUUCAGAUUUGUAUUUUAUAAGCUUCAGCAGAUAAUGAUGAACAUUUGUUAAUGAAGCAAAAAAUGUGAACAAAGAUUCGCUUGAGCUAACCGACGUUAGUGCGGACGCUUCUAAUGUUGUUUUUUACUAGCAAUAAGAAGACAUUCUUCAUGUUUUUUUUUACCAUUACUGAUAUAUGAUUUCCAUUUAAGCAGCAUUCAGCUGUUAUGCAGACGAUCGUAACAAUACCUUCAACUGCCGCUUAUAAACCUUGGGCUUAUACAUCUUCGUAGGGCCAUUUAGGAGGGCUUAUUAACGGAGGGGCUUAUAUCCGAAAUAGAACCGACGCCGAAAAUGAUAGUGGGGUUUCCCAAUAGAUUACAACUUCCAUUUAUCUGUCUCAAAAUUUGUCUUGCAGUUUCUAAAGUUUACGACCAGCGCCAGACCAGAAUUGCACUUCAUCGACAAAGGAAAUGAACUGAAGGUUUGCUCUGAAGUCCACAUGCAAUGCGAUGAUAAAACCUAGCAACAUGUGAAUUUUCAACCCCUACUUAGUGCAAGAGAGUUUUUGGGAGUAAUUAUGGACGAAGUGGAAUAGAUAAACGGAUUCCUUUUUAUAGUGGGGUUGCGAAGAGAUUAGCGAUACAUAAUACUGAUACGUGUUGUAUUUCAAAUGUUUUUUUUUUAUGAAUUAAUGGUGUGGACAUUUUGCAGCUUUUUAUAAGGCAAAUACUUUUAAACACAGUCGAAAGUCGUGACGGUCGAAAUUGCCAGUCAAUCAUUGUAAAUGGAACCUGUCUGCCUAGCCCUCGUGGAAGGGCUAGUGGCCGCUUAAGGCCGUAUUCUGCUUGAAACAUGCUUUUACAGCAAACUUUAUACAACACUCGCCAAUUUGUAUUUUUUAGUAAUUCCCUUUCCCGUAGUAUAAUUUCGUUGUGUUUUCUUUCAACUAAACAAGGAUAAUUGGUAAGAAACAUAUUGGUCACGCCUUUCUUUUAUUUUACCAUUGUCCUGAGGAAAAAAAAUGAACGGUCUCUGUCAGCUAGACAGCCUUAAUUUGCUUUCAGUUGCCUUGUCUGACUCUGUUAUCGUUGGUUCUGUUUUCAGGUAUGGGCCCUUCUGAUUCACCCAAGGGUCACACCAAAUGACAUCAGAGUAAGUCAGUGUUUCGACGUAACAGACUUUUAUCAGUCCCUAAUCCCCCCUUUUUAAUCGCGUCAUUGCGCCCUUGAUAUCUAAAUCGAAGAAGUCAGUGUCCAAACCUGUUACCUGAUAAUUGGUGGAGCCUCCCCGUAUAAAACAAUGUUGAGUAACCCCCUUCCCUCCCGGCUUUUCAAAGCGCCAUUGUCGUGAUUAACACUGCUUUAUGUUGCAGCUUGAAAUUUCAAGUAGCGAUGUUCUACGAAUCGAAACUGAAGACAUCAUAGAACAUUAUCCUGGUAUUGUUACACUUAACAAGGUAUUUUUACUGAUGUCCAGACGUUUUUGAACCCCUUUCAGACAACUUUGCCUCCAUAUUUGGAGAGUUCUUCAAUGUUGUAGCUCCUCCUUUUUCCUCGCGUCUUGCGGCUUCACCACCAGCCUACACUGAGCCUAGCUUGCCUCGACGACGUUCACAAAUGGAAUUCAGGUGCGCGAAAACGCGAAGGACAUGCGCUAGCCCACGCGAGCCCCUACUACCAUAUAUGGGCUAUAUAGGUAUGUGCCGCUGUGAAGGGUAUGGUUUUCAAGCAGUUUACUCAGGGAUAGGGCACAUAAAUCACAGAGUUUGGGUCUAGAACAGGGUAUCAUUUUCCAUUUAAACUGAUCAAUUGGUUGAAGAUUUUAGUCUAGACUAGGGAAACCGGGAAUUGCCACCCAAGAAUAUAGAAAAAUCAAAUGGAUUUUGUUUUGGCUGGACUGUGCUAGUGACCUCAGUUGUUUCUGGAAAACAGCUACUCUAGGAUAGGGGGGGAUUUGGGGAGUUAAGUCUAGUAUAGGGUAGCAAAAUUCACUUGAACUAGCCCUCGUAUAGGCUAAGGGUUCCAGGGUCCCAGCGGCACAUCUCCACCCAAAAAGUCCUAAAGUACCCCCCCCCCCCCACCGGGGCGCGAGCCCGAAGUCCUCCUUCGGGCACCUGCCACGCGGACUAGCAUUCACCUCUCUCUUCUUGUGGUUACACGUACCCCUUCAGUCGAACUCAGGAUAGAACAAUAAGUCCCAGUUCAAACUUCAGACUUUCAUGUACCGAACUUAAAACCUAUUUUGGUCGUCUCAAAUGACGCGAGGUCGACGGUUUAUUCAGACGUCGAAGUUAAUUAGUCGGACUCCAUUCAUUUUCACGAUGUUCAAUGGUCCACAUUUCUUAACAGUCAAAGUAAAUUAUAAGUAAUUUAUGCUUUAGGUUCGGCACAUGAAAAGUUCGACGUUUGACACGAAGUCUCUCCAAAGUCAAAAUUCCCAUGAGGGUCGACCCAAAUUAGAUAUGUCGGACUUAAUUGAUUCAUACGUCAAUCUUUUCAUUAAGUUAAGUAAAAGGAAAAGGUUAGGUCUAUGAAAACUUCGACGUUUUAACUGGGUUUAAGAGACUGCUUGCGGUCUAUGAAACUGUUAAUUAUGGCCUUCGUUGAUCAAAGAUGUUUACGUUUAAAUUUAGACUUACACCUUCAUCCAUGACUUAAGAAAUGGAACCGCCAAUCCAGGAAGGUAAGAAGCUAAUUUAAGAGCGCGUGUUAAAAGAAUAGCACUCACUCAAUCAGAAGGAGGAGGCAGCGUGGACGACCGGCCCGGGUUAAGAUCCCGCUCUAUCCAGCUGAAAUGAAAACGGUUGUCCUAAAUACAGCACCUCGGUACCGUGGUUUGCCUCCGGCCAGUUGGGAUUCUUAUAGUUGUGUUGUUUUAAUUAACAGUUUUUGUUUGGGUCCAUAGUUGUAGGCCAUAAUGUCAGCUACUUGGUCACCAGUAUAACUGUAUCGCAAGCUAAUGUUUUCACACUUCUUGAGGAAAUUGAACUGGCAAUAUUAAUUGCUAAUACUAGUAAUAAUUUCAAAUCCUACAGGGAGAAGUGAUAAGGCAAGUGGGGAGGAGGGGAUGGGUGGGGGUUGGGGGGGGGGGGAGAAGGUAAAUGGGUGAAAGGAGUGUCAAGUGUAAUAAUUUGCUAUUGUACGUUUUGAGUGUUUCUGUCAGUAAAUCCAUCUCAAAAAUUCUGAUCAAGCUUGUUGUUUCAAUUUACAGUGCAUACAAGUCUACUGUAGUGUCUGUGACGAUGUUUCCGAGCGUUAGAGAACUGACUUGUGAAAAUGAUUUACAGGUAAUAACAGCCAAUUUCCUUUUAACUCACCCUACUCGGGAAUUUUUUUUCCUUCACCUUGUGCCUUGCUAUCGUUGUUAUUAUUAAUACUGCGGCUAAGAAGAAGAAGAAGACUAAGUGUACUUUUUGUGGCCAUACACAGUUAAGAAAAAAAAAACCGACCAAAGUAGUCUCUUUUCUAAAGGGCAGGAGCAUAUCUCUCCUUUGAAUUUUUCUGUGAAAGAGACAAUCGGCUGGUGUGCGAGAACAAACUUGUUGCUAAACUUAAAGAAGGCUAAAUAUCACAGAAAAUGUUCCCUAUUCAUUGUGGCCUAAACUGUGCUGGAUGAUAAGGAAGUCAUUGCCUUUGUCUUUUGUUUAAACAGGUGCUGCACAUUAAUGUUGGCUGUCCACCAUCCAAGACCAUUGUCAUAAGGAACUGCACAGUACCCUCUGGUGAAGGACCAGUACCUUAUCUGUCUCAGGUAAAUCCUGUCAUACCACUCAAUUAUGCGUAAAAAAAACUUUGUUAGAGUCGCAAAGCUUCCAGCUUAACACAAGUGUUCGGCUCAUCGAGGAUACUAUACUCUGUACUUGUCCACAUGAUUAGUAAAUUAGAUUCCCUCCCUUCCCAUUACCACCUAUUAGUAUAAUUACAUUGAUGAUUAUCGAACAUAGAGCGCUGUGAUUGGCUAGAAACUUCGCUUUAUCCCGCGAUAAUCACCGCGCGGUGAUUAUAACAUUGAAGGUUAGCAGUUUUCAAAAUGGCAGCCAGAUUUGUUGAUGUUUCGGAGUCAGAAAUUGAUCAAUAAUUUUAUUUUCUCGAAGAAUCAUCAAUGUAAUUAUACUAAAACAAUUAGUCGCCUCAGGCGACGUGAAUAUCGGCGAACAGUCAUGUCGCCUUCGGCGACUAAUCGUUAAAUAAUAAACAGUCAGCUCCCGAUAACUCGAACCUUCUAGGAAAAUCGAAAGAAGUUCAAGUUAUCGGGAGUUCAAAGCUGAUAACCGAAAAUAAGGAAAUAAACAAAUGGGUGGGAAGGAAUGCAAGUAUCAUGCACACUUCACCUCAAAGGCAGCAAGGGAUAAAUUGAUACUUUGAAAAAGGAAUUGAAGCAACAAAGCUUGAAGAAUAUUCAUGAUCAGGGCUCUGGACAUUGUAUUUGAAGUGGAUUGACAAAGAAGUAAAGACAAAGAAUACACGGUUGUGUUGAAAUAAAUUUCAGCACUGACCGCAGAACAUUUCUAAUUAUCGAGUGUAAAAUUACAUAGAAAUGAUCUGAAGGAAAACAAAAAUUAUUGCGAGUUAACGGGAGGUUCAAGUUAUCGAAGUAAAAUAACAGUAAAUGUAUGAAAAAAAUCCAUGGGAAAUUGAUUUUGCUUCGAGUUAGCGAGGGUAUGAGUUGUCGGGAGUCGACUGUAUGUAACUUCAAAGUCAAGCUCAAAGUAAGGGAAUGAGAUUUUUCCCGUUAGUCUCGUUGCUGAUAUCCGAGUCCAUUGUUCAAUGAGUAGUAACUGCCCUAAUCCCUAUGUAAAUUAGUGCAAGGCCCUAAAACAUUGUUCAUAGCCUAUUCUAUUCUAAGCUGUGUUUUCCCACGUGUCUUUCCAUAUGUAUGGUCUUCCCUUCUACUUUACGUGUUACCUUCCAGUUUUCAUCAGGGGCACCCAACGAGGAUAUAGUUCAAAACCACUUAACAUAGCAUUGUUAAACGUAUUUUAGUAUUCAAACGGUAGAUAUAGGCAUAUUUUUAUCCCCUAGAAACUUUUCAUCUGUUCGGAUUUCCUAGCUGAAAGUCUAGUGAUCCGAAAAUUAUAGGGAUAAAAACUUACCUUCCCGAAAAUUUCAGCCAGGAAAAGGCUCCCGAAAAUUCUAGGUGGCCUUUUUUAGGGUCAAAAUCCGUUAAAAAUGGGUAAUUAUACCAUUUUGUAGAUGUUCGAAAAUCCUAGGAGAGGCAGGCAAGCAACAAAUUUUACAACAAACGCUCCGAAAAUUCUAGAUCUCAAAUCUUCUUCCGAACAGAUAUUUUCCCGAAAAUUGCCGUUGGGUGCCCCUGUUUCAUGUUUGGUACUCCUUUUUCAAACGUCGGCGAAGGUUUUCUUUGAAAUCGUUAUUGGGCAAUGUUAGAAAAACGAAGGAAUAUGUUCCAGCUGUAGCUAUCGUUGCACCAUCAAAGAUGCUCUUGCGGUGUACGAUAAAAAUCUCUGGCACACAAGCAUGUUGAGGCCGUUCGCGAUAAUCCGUCUAUAGCGGCUAAAGUUAGGUGUUACUGGAAAACUUGUAGAAAAUUAGCGUGAAUCAGUGUUGUUCUGUUACACAUUGUUCUUCAGGUGCAAGGUUUAAGCGAGCCGCUUGCAUGUCAUUUGACUACAGUCGUGUCAGAGAGUUUCAAGCUGGUACUGGACAUGUAAGUGUUUGUAGUGGUGUGUCCGUUAAAACUGACGUAGGAUAAUUAAAGUGUGCCAUUAGUAGAUUUAUGCUGCAGUUUGAAGCAGAUUGUAGCUACGCACAUGCAUUAUUGAUCAAGUUUUUUCUCCCAAGAUGGCUGGAUAUUGGCUAAGUCAGCAGUUUUGCGUCAGUUUUUAUGGACCAAGAUCAACAAAGCGGAAACUGAAUCCAGAGCGGCCAGGAUUUGCUUGAUCUUCCUUGCUCGCAAAGCCAGCCACAUAAUGACACGUGUUAAUGCUUAUUAAGAUAUCUCUCUUCCCUCUGUAUUUUUAAAAGCGUUUAGUUUAAGGUCAGUGCAAGGAAAAAUUGAACACGAGAACAGAAGUUUUGGCGGUUUAUGUUAGAAUAAGAGUCAUUCCCAAAAAUACAACCUGUAUUUGUUUUUCCUUCGUCAUUCUCCGAAAGGCCACCGUCUGUUUUGGUUUUAUGAAAAAUUCAGGCAGUCAAAGAAAAUAACCGCAUAUUCAGGGCGGACGAUAAACCCUCUUUUGAUAUUCAUCCGAUUUUUUACCUGUAUUUGUUUUUCCUUCGUCGUGUCCGAAAGACCACCAGAAAUAGCCGCUGUGUUUUGGUUUUAUGAAAAAUGGGUAAAAGCCCCCUAGAGAGUACAAGAAAAUAACCGCAUAUUCAGGGCAAUGAAGAUUUCGAUAGCACCGAAUAGCUUUCAACAUCUGAGCUUUCUGAUAUUGAUCAUCCGAUCCUUCAUCUCUCAUCCACAUGAAUUUUAAAAAACAAACUUGCAUUUAAUUGUUCCCCAUUUUAUUCGCAAAAUAAGGCUAUCUUUACAUCGUAAAUUAACCGACAUGUUACUGGCACGUAAUGUCCCGUUAUGGGUUUUCUUUCUUCCGAGCUGAGAAAGCUUACGCAACUAAACAACUAAAAUUUUUAUGCUCCGGGGAAAGUUCCGGGUUCUUUACUACUGAACCAAGAUGUAGCCCAUGGCCUUGAUGUGCUUGUUUCCGUUGUCUGGUGACCAUGUAGCCUCAUUUCCACACGUGUUUGUGUCGUCAUGAUUUCCUCCUGUACCAAAUCCGAUUCUGGAGUCACACGUGUCACAAUGGUUGCCGUUUUCGUUACUGGUGAUACCAAUUCUUGCUUUAGAAUGUUGUUUCCAGCUACAGAUAGCAUUAAACCCUUCCUUGUUACAGUCGGUCUGUAAGGAGGCCUGUGGACCAAUCAGCUUCUUCCAGGUGUUACGACCGAGUGAGGUUGCGCGAUAUUGGCCGUCAGCGAUCAGAGAGUACAGCGAACUAGCGUACUUGUUGAUAGUAACGAACUGUAAUUGGUGGCCGAUCUUCAUACCCAGGCAGAUCUUGGAGAAGGCUGUGUUCCAGUAGGUUGGCAACUUGGUCUCUUGUGAAUCAAACCUGGUCCUUCCUCCGGCAAAGUUGUAUGGAUUUUUGUUGCUCCAGAAGUGAGAAUCAUAAUGAAAAGUUUUCUGAAAACGGAAAUCAGUAAAUUAAUAUCCAUAUCACAAACAUGGAAUGACGUACUGCUUGUAAGACAUGUACCUUUGUGCCGUCAAUCUUCAUGGCCAGCGUCCAUCCUCCAUCUCCGCAUCCAAAGUCUCCCAUGUGACAGUAAACAGGAAUCGUUUGUGAGCCAAACUUCAGUGUAUACACUCGACUUGCCGUAAACCUGUUGGAGAAGAAAUCAUUUGAUGGCCUAAAAUAUGUGUUCUUACUCUUUGCGAAUCAACGUCAGGCAAAGCAAUCCUUUUAUUCAAAUGGAACGUGUCUCUAAAAGUUGUGGUCUAUUUCAAAUUCUGUCAGAUAUUGAAAACGUACUCAAAUAUCAAACACCAUGCGUUCAAGUGCAUCGAUGCGUUGGGAAUUGUUUAUAGAACUCCAGAAUUAUGGCAAAUUUGCGAAAGAAAAUAGUUUGGAUUAACGUCUAGUCUACGACUCGAAUUCUUACUUUUUGUGUUCACAGUUCGAUUUUUCUUACUGGAUAUCUUGAUGCAAAUUGUUUAAUGAUUUGGACUAUUUAAUGUUUUUGUCAUCAUGUUGUGCCAUCUAUCUGUAAUGUGUGGGUCGCCGUUUUUUUGUUAUGUUUCGAUUUUUUCCACUAAACGCGCGAAUGGCUGGUAAACCUGGGAUGAAAACAUGAAUCACUCAAAUUUUAAAAUACAGCAAAAUAAGCAUUGACUGAAAUGAACUUACUUGUGUACAUCGUACAGUUCCUUGCAAGAAGUGGAGAUGACUGCAAAAAAAACCCUUGUUAGAUUAAAAGGCAAAAUUCACCGAUAUGUCAAACUUUCUAAAAAUUACUAUGAAAGACACUGUACCUGACAAUAAAGUUUUGUUAGACUGUGCAGUGAUUAUCUCCAGCUUCGACUCCGCUCUCUUGAAGGCGUCCUGGCACGUCGCAGUAAGGUUUUCCAGCUUUGUUUCCAAGUUCUGUUUGAGCAGCUUUUCCAGCUUUGUUUCCAGCUUGUUAGCGAUGAGUUUUUCCAGCUUCGUUUCCAUCUUCUUGAGGGCGUUGUCGCAGACUUCAGUCACAUUCGACGAGAGCUGUUUACAGUCUGUUGGAAGAGGUGUUUGGUUAUUGCGUAAGUUUGACGGUUUGGCGCCAUUCGCGGCAUAUGAUAUUAUAACAGCAAGUGCGAGGAAAACGAACGAGCGCAUGUUGAAGCCGUUAAGCGUCUUGAAUGAAUACUUUGACUUAAGUGUCUUUGAGGAUUCGAUGGUACUGGAUUAUUGGUAACCAAUUUUUUUUUCAUUUCCAUUCAUUAAUCAGCUCUGAAGUUAUUGUUAGUGAAACGAGAAAAUUAUCUUGCUGGAACUUCGUGACUAAUUUACUAAUUAUUCGUAAACUCGUCUGAUUUCUGUGUAAACAUUUCUAGGUCACAGCACUUAACAAAUGUAAAGUUACCGACCUUUGGCAGCUUGUGUCAGUUUUUCAAAGGUUUGGAAGCGCUAUCUUCCCUAUAAAUCACUAUCCAGCGGAUAAGUAUUAGAAAAUCCAAUUGCGCUAUCCAGUGGAUAGAGAUUUAUCCAGUGGAUAGCGUUAUCCUUUUGAACAACUGAGGCCUGCUCGAUAACAGUUGUUCACGUGUGUGAAGUGAAUGUAGGUAAAUUUUUGGUCGAAUUUGACGUAAAAUGUUCAUUAUAAACGAUCACUCAGUUUGAAGGUAACUGUCGUUUCAGUGAGGCUUUGAUUAUAAUACUAAACUUAUCGCGGUGUAAAGUUUUCGGUUAGACUGCCAACGGAGUUCCUUUAUUUUGUAAAACUUACACGUGAAAAGGGAAAGAUCGCCACGAGAGUGGGAAAAUCAGAUGGACUCACACCCAGCUUCUCCACGUGCGUCAUGCUACUCGCACGUGGAAGUUUUCAGCAUUUACGCGUGUUUCCCUCUCUCAACAACCACUCUCCUAGAGAAAAACUGAAAACUACUUGAAGCUUGCAUUCUGAUGUUUUGAACAUCUUUGCCACUUGAGAAACGGUAGUGAAUAUAAGAAAAGGUGAUAUAUUUAAACUACUGAGGAAAGAGUUCCAGAAUAAUUGAUACCAUUGUCACUACUAUCUACCACUUCCUUGUUGACAAAAAUAAGACUAAAGAGAGUGAAGAGAUCAGGGGCGCUUAAUAUUUAUACAAACCACCCGGGUGGAAAUCCUGUGCAUAAACAUAAAACUAUGAAAUUUGACGUGGUGGGAGAACAACCCGCUACAGAGUAUAUCAAAAUCGGCUGAACAGACCAACAAGAGUAGAAAAAUUGCAUCGCUGCAAAUCACAGCCCACAUUUUCUGACGCUUCCCAAACGGAAUGGCGCGAACCAUUUGAUUUCCCAACCGGAAUUUCCGGUUUUUCCAUGUAAAUGGUAAGUACGCCAAGAACAUUAUGAAAACGUCGUCUCGCUGUAGGUAUUCUAAUUCUGUUAAAUUCCAGAGUUGAAUUCACUUCAUAGAUUGAGAAGUAAUUAUAAAUCCUUCUGCCCUUGGGACUGGUGUAAGACGACGGCAUUUUCAGAAUUAGGCUCAAAUUUACUUUAUACUGCAGUGAAACCCUUAAGCGUGAUGCUUGUUGAGUAUGUGAGUAGGUUCUUUUAUGUUGUGCAAGAUCGGGAAAAAUUAUGGCAGCCGCCAGCGCGAGCUGGCGAUGCCGGCAAUCGAGUGAGAAUCGUAGUGAAAAGUUUUCUGAAAACGGAAAUUAGAAAAUUAAUAUCAAUAUCACAAACAUGGGGUGACGCUUAAGAAAUGUACCUUUGUGCCGUCAAUCUUCAUGGCCAGAGUCCAUCCUCCAUCUCCGCAUCCAAAGUCUCCCAUGUGACAGUAAACGGGGAUCUUUUGCGAACCAAACUUCAGCGUAUGCAUACGACUUGUCGUAAAGCUAUUGGAGAAGAAAUCAGUGGAUAGUCAAAAAUAUGUCGUCUAUGAAUAAACGUCAAACAAUGUAUUUUUGUUAUUCAAAUGGAGCGUGAUCACAACCGUAGACUUUAAGUUGUGUUCUACUUCCGAGUGCUGUCAAGUAAUUAAAAGUACAUUAAAUCGAAAACGGCUAUAGGUAUUCAAGUGCAUUGAUUCGUCAACUUUCGUCAGGAAUUCAAGACUAAAGGCAAACCGAAAACAAACAACUCAACAAGUCGAAAAUCGAUUGCCUUUACGUCUAAUGUGCGACUCUAAUAAUCUGAUUAUGUCCACUGAAGUGUUUGCUUUGUUUUUGUUUUUCAAUUGAGCACACAGUUCGAUUUUUGUCACUGGAUAAUCACAAAUUGUGUAAUGAUUUGGAUUAUUUAAUCUUUUUGUCAUCAUUUUCUGAUAUCUAUUUGUUAAUUUUACUUUGAUAACUCCGUUCGUCUCCAUUUUUUGUUCCGAUGAUUCGAUUUUUUGCAUUAAAACUACAUACUCGAACGCCUUUUUAAUAAAAAGCUGAAAUGAAAACGUGGAUUACACUGAUUUUAACAUGCAGCAAACUAAGCGUUGAAUGGAAUGAUUACUUACUUGUGCAUAUCGAACAGUUCCUUGCAAGAGGAGGAAGAGGAAAUGGCUGCAAAAAAAAAAAACGUGUAUCUAUGAAACCCCAGUUAGAUUAUAAGACAAAAUUUAUCAAUAUGCCAAACUUUCUUUAGAAAUACUUAGAUCGCUUUACCUGACAAAUAAGCCUUGUUGGUCAGUAUUCUUAUUUUUUCCAGCUUUGUUUCUAACUUCUUGAGGGCAGCGUCGCAGGUCGCGUUCAACGAUUUGGUUUCAAUUUCUGGAUCUCCAGUCUUGUUUAUUAGUGCAGUAAGUCUUUCCAGCUUUGUUUCCAAAUUCUGUUGGAGCAGUUUUUCCAGCUUCGUUUCCAGCGUUUUAAUGAUAAGUUUUUCCAGGUUCGUUUCCAUCUUCUUGAGGGCGCUGUCGCAGUUAUCGGUCUCGUUCGACGAUGUCGUAGUCACAACGUCUGGAGUGGCAGUUUUGUUGAUGAGUCCAAUAAGUUUUUCCAGCUGCAUUUUGGAAUUCCUUUCGAGAAGUUUUUGUAUUUUUGUAUCCAAAUUCUGUGCAAGAAUUUUAUCCAGCUUCAUUUCUAAACUUUUCACGGCACCGGAGAAUUGAGAAUCUUGAUUCACCGUCAGGUUAGUCAGGUUACAGUUACAAACAGCCGGAGGCUUUUUGCCGUCUGUUGGAAGAGAUGUUUGGUUAUAGCGACCCAAGUUUGACGGUUUGGCGCCAUUCACGGCACAUGAUAUUAUAAUAGCCAGUGCGAGGAAAACCAACGAGCGCAUGUUGAAACCGUUGAGCGUCUUCAACGAAUACUUUGAUUUAAGUGUCUGUGACGAUUCGAUGGUACUGGUUGCUGGUUACCAACUUGUUUUUCAUUUCUUCUCAUAUCAUAUCAGCGCCGCAAUAUUGUCAGUGAAACGAGAAAAUUAUCUUGCUGGAGCUUCGUGACUAAUUCACUAAUUAUUCGUAAACUCGUCUGCUUUCUGUGUACACAUUUCUCUUCCUAAGUCACAGUACUUAAGAAAUGUAGAGUUACCUCUGACAGCUUGCCUCAGUUCAAACGUUGGGAGGCACUAUCCACCGGAUAGUCACUAUCCAACUGGUAAGUACAAGUGUAUUAGGGAAAGAAAUUGCACUAUCCAGUGGAUAGAGAUGAAUCCGGGGGCAUUAUCCACCUUUUGAACAACUGAGGCCUGCUUGAAUACAGUUAUUCACUGGCGCGAAGUGAAUUUAGGUAAAUAUUUGCGGACGAAUUUGACGCUAAAAUAUUCAUCAUAAACGAUCACUCAGUCUAAAGUAACAACUCUUUUCACUGUAAUUAGUUUGCUUUAAGUAUAUCAGUUGAAAUACUAAACCUAUCACGGUAUAAUUUUUCGAUUAGACUGCCAAUUGAGUGUUUUACUGUGUCAAACUAACAAGCGAAAAAGGGAAAUAUCGCCCAAAGAGAGGGAAGAACAGAGGGACUCACACCCAGCUUCUCCACGCUCGUCAUGUUAUGUACUCGCACGUGGCAGAUUUUUAGAACACACGCGUGUCUCCUUUGCUUCACUUUACUUCUCUCCUUGCGAAAAACCAGAAUACUUCUUGAAGCUUGCAUUCAGAUGCUUUUUAACAUCUUUGCGUUGUGGGAAAUAGAAGUGAGGAGAACUCAUAUAUUUAAACUACUAAGGAAAAAGUACCAGAAUAAUUUAUACCAUUGUCAUUUCUCUACCACUUCCUUGUUGACAAAAAUAGACUGUAAAUGAGACUGGAACAUCAAAACGUCGUCUCGCCAUAGAUGUCCUAUAACUGCUGAAUUCCAGAGUUGAAUUCACAUCUUAGAUCAGUAAAUGCAUGUAGAUCCGGCUGCUUUGGAGAUUGGUGUAAGAUUUUGUUCGAAAAGUUUAAUUUUUCAACUGUCUUCUGUUGAUCUUUAAGCUCUGAUUUCGAUCAAAAGCACACAUUUCCCUUCGGCUGAGUAAAUAUUGGUCCAAAAUAUUUUCUGAUAAUUGUCGGGAGUUUCAUCUUCGACUGGAAAAUUGCCUGCCGUGUUUAUUCUCCUUUUCAAGUGUUUAAGACAAUUACUUUUGUUUCUCUUUAGUAAUUAGGGAGUUUAAGCAGAAACGUUUUUGAGCGACGCCCUUCAGCCAGAAGUGAGCCUUUUUCUUUUUGAAAAAAUAUGCCUUGACGCUAUUAAAUUUUUAAUUACUAAGUGCCUUUAUUCUUAUAGAUUCGCUUUAAUUUGCUCGAAAAUUUGUGCAAAACCACGUCCUUAGAAUGCAAAACUUCCACUUUUGGUUGACGUGAGUCGCUCAAAAACGUCUUUGCUAAAGCUUCCUAUUAUUUUAGCCUUAUUACCUAGACUAUGUUUACAGCUCGCUGAAAGAAGCUGAAAGAAGCUGCCUUAAGUAACCUAAUUGUCAAUGAAUGUGCAGCGUUAAAUAUACGUCUUAAGAAAAAGUUAGUCUUGUCGAAAAUUUCGCCUCAGUCCUCUCGGAAUGAGUUUUCUAUCGCACACAUGUGUUUUGAUCGCUCUACUUUCCCCGAGGAAAAUAAGGGACUAGUUAAAGGCCGCUCUUUAGAAAGUGGAACCUCACCUAUGGUUAACAGGGGCCCGUUUCUCCAAAGUCCCGGUAACUUUUCCGGCCCGAAAUCAAAUAUUCAAAUCGAAAUAAAAGGAAUUAAAGCGCGGGUCCUGGCUAGCAAAAUACUCCAUUAAUUAUCGGGCGCCUGGACCCGAAAUGCGUCCCGCAAUGGUUUCUGGGAUCGUUAGUAGGGAGGCGCCCGUCAGCCAUUGGCCAAUUUUUUCCAGUCCCAAGUAACAGUCACAGAAGUCUCGGCCCAGUUCCUUUCUCGUUUUUUGAGUGUCGAAUUUAUAAACAAACUGCGGGCCUAUAACAUGAGUCAGGCAUGGAAAUGUGUGGGAGCUAAAAUCUGUGACGCUCACGGUGCUUUAGUCCGUCGGAAGUGGUCGAUAGCUACAGAGCCUAAAAUCUGACACCAGUAAGGUUCGCAAACUCGUGUAAAGGGUUAUUCUCUUAAGACAUCAUCAAGGUGUUCCCUGUCCUUGUUCACUUAUCUCGAAUUAAGGUCGCUCAACAAAGUUUUGCGGGCGGUCAGCGGUGACUCGCGUGGCGGCGCUUAUUUUAAAUUAGACAAACAAACAAGGCAGUGAAAAAAGUAAUGGAACACAGAAGACGAUUUCUCAAAACUACUCAUUAAAAUUUUGUGACAUUUGGCAGAAAUCUUACUUUUAUCGUAUUUUAAUAAUGAGGACUUUAAAAUGGAAGUUGAACAGACGAAUUUUGUGACACAUUUAACAAUUACAGUACAAUUAUAUUAUUGAUUAUGUAAAAACCCGUCUGUUAAAAUUUGGUCAAAUAAGUUUCAAAUGGUAAUGAUUAAUUAUAGUAAGCUGUGUGCAAGUUUAUGGGUAAAUCUAAUGAGCGAAUUUUAUGUAAACUGAGCAAAACUGAAAUUUUAAGGUUGUAUUCAGUAGUUCAUGUUGCCAUGGAAACUACGAAAACGUCACAUUAUCUUUCAUCUGUAUAUUUGUCACUUGUCAGCUUGUGAGCUGCAACCUAUCUCUUGCCAUGAUUUGGCAAAUGAGAUACACACACAAACUGCCAAAACUGUGUUCAGCCGCCUUAAAGAGAGGCUGGAAAGUAAACUAAGAGAAUUCGCCUGACAGUCCCAGAAACGUGCGCGUUUUUCUUCAAUUUAUCCAAAAAUUAACGAAGUGAAGUAUUUUGUGUAUUAGUGUUCAGCAAAAUCAAUUUCAGGCAUCUUUGCAGUCACAGGAAGUUAGCUGGUUUGGCUCAACUCGUACAUGACUCUAGCCUACGAGUAGUCCUGUAUCUCAGGCCUAGGAGGGCGAGCGUGCGCGAAAAUCACCCCCCCCCCCCCCGAGGAAAGGCGACACGCAUAAGGAAGAGAGGAAAAAACAAAGGCUCCCUUAUUUGGUGUUUCUUGCUGAUGGGAAAACUAUUGAUGGUUCGCUUUUUGGUGUGGGUAUUGUUGUUCGGUGUCUUUCCAACGCGUCCACAGUUUUUUUUAAUCUGCUUUUUUGCUUCUUCAUCUACGAAAGGUCACCGGAAAUAUCCACCAUUUAUUUGAUUUCGCUGAUGAGGAUUGUGCAAAUGCAAUUUCGACAGGAAAAUAACUGGAAUGUUUUUAAGAAUACUCACAAUCUGUUAUUAUGAGGAUCCGAUUUAGUGCACCAUAAAAGACGUCUCUCUUAUUCAUAUCAAAUUAUCGAAAAUUAAAACAACCAUGUAUUUAAUUGUUCCCCAGUUUAUUUAGAAUAUAAGGCAAUCUUUCCAACAUCAUCUAACCCAUAUUAGUGAGACCUUCAGAGAGAAAACUUGAGCUAAACUACUAACCGACUGAACAUUUUAAUGUUCAUGGAAAGUUCCAGGCAGUCUUUACUACUGAACCAAGAUGUAGCCCAUGGCCUUGAUGUGCAAGUUUCCGUUGUCUGGUGAGUAUGUAGCCUCAUUUCCACACGUGUUUGUGUCUUCAAAAUGCCCUCCAGUACCAAAUCCGAUUCUGGAGUCACACCCGCCACAAUAGUUCCAUUCAUUGCUUGUGAUACCAAUUCUUGCCUUGGAAUAUUUAUCGUUGCAAAUAGCGUUGAACCCUUCCUUGUUACAGUAUUUUUGUAAGGAUGCCUGUGGACCAAUCAGCGACUUCCACGUGUUACGACCAAGUGAGGUGGCGCGGUAUUGGCCGUCAGCGAUUAGCGAGUAGAGCGAGUUGGCGUGCCUGUAGAUGGUAAAGAAUCUUAUCUUGUGGCCGAUCUUCAUACCGAGGCAGAUCUUGGAGAAGGGUGUGUUCCAGUAGGUUGGCAACUUGGUUUCUUGUGAAUCAAACCCAGUCCUUCCCCCCGCAAAGUUGAGUGGCUUUCUGUCGCUCCAAAAGUGAGAAUCGUAAUGAAAAGUUUUCUGAAAACGGAAAUUAGAAAAUUAAUAUCAAUAUCACAAAAAUGGGGUGACGCGUAAGACAUGUACCUUUGUGCCGUCAAUCUUCAUGGCCAGAGUCCAUCCUCCAUUUCCGCAUCCAAAGUCUCCCAUGUGACAGUACACGUGGAUCUUUUGUGAACCAAACUUCAGGGUAUACACACGACUUGUCUUUAACCUGUUGGAGAAGAAAUCAGUUGAUAGCCAAACAUAUGAGUUCUUGAUCCUUGUGAAUAAACGUCAAACAAUGUAAUUCUGUCAUUCAAAUGGAACGAACAGACUUAAAGUUGUUUUCUACUCCCGAAUGCUGUCAAGUAAUUGAAAGUACCUUUAUAAAUCGUGAAAACAAGGCAUUCAAGUGCAUCGAGUCGUGGCGAAUUGCAGAAUAAAGGCAAACCGAAAACAAACAACAUUCGAAUCGAAAAUCGAUUGGCUGUUCGUCUAGUGUGCGACUCUAAUAAUCUGAACUGUUUUUUUUUUUUUUUGCCUUUUGUUUUUUAGUUGCACGCACAGUUUGAUUUUUCUCACUAGAUGUAAUAAUUGUGUAAUGAUUUGGAUUAUUUAAUCUUUUUGUCAUUAUGUUCUGGUCUCUAUUUGUAAAUUUUACAUUGUUCGCCGGUCUCCAUUUUUUGUCACGAUGUUUCGAUUUUUCGCAUUAAUACUACAUACUCGAAUGUCUUUUUAAUGAAAAGCUGAAGUAAAAACGUAAAUCACACUAAUUUUAAUAUGCAGCAAAAUAAAGCCUUGUCUGGAAUGAUUACUUACUUGUGCAUAUCGAACAGUUCCUUGCAAGAGGAAGCAGAGAAAAUGGCUGCAAAAAAAAACAUGUAAAUAUAAAAAGCGCCAGUUAGAUUGUAAUACAAAAUUCACCUAUAUGCCAAACUUUCUUUAGAAAUACUUAGGUCACUCUACCUGAAAAAUUACCUUUGUGGGUCAGUUCUCUGAUUUUUUCCAGCUUCGUUUCUAUUUCCUUGAGAGCAGCGUCGAAGGUACCGUUCAACAAUUGGCGAACAAUUUCUGGAUCGGCGGUCUUGUUUAUUAGUUUAGUAAGCCUUUCCAGCCACUUUGUUUCCAAGUUCUUUUGGAGCAGUUUAUCCAGCUUUGUUUCCAGCUUGUUAACGAUAAGUUUUUCUAGCUUCGUUUCCAUCUUCUUGAGGGAGUUGUCGCAGAUUUCGGUCUCGUUCAACGAUGUCGUGGUCACAACGCCUGGAGCCGGUGGCAGAUUUGUUGAUUAGGCCAGUAAGUUUUUCCAGCUGUUUUUUCGAAUUCUUUUCGAGGUUUUCCACUUUUUUAUCCAAAUUUUGUGCAACGAGUUUAUCCAGCUUCACGUCUAAAGUUUUCAUGGCACCGGAGACUUGAGAAUCUUGAUUCACCGUCAGAUUACAGUUACAAACAGCAGGGGGCUUUUUGCAGUCUGUUGAAAUAGGUGUUUGGUUAUAGCGGCCCAAUUUUGAUGGUUUGGCGCCAUUCACGCCAUAUAUGAUUACGGCCAGUGCGAGGAAAACCAGCGAGCGCAUGUUGAAUAAAGCGUCUUCAAUGACUACUUUGACUCAAGUGUCCGUGACGAUUCGAUAGUAGAAAUUACUAGUAGCCAACUUGUUUUUCAGUUCCAGUCGUAUCAUAUGAGCACCGAAGUUAUUGUUAGUGAAACGAGAAAAUUAUCUUGCUGGAACUCCUUGACGGACUAGUUCACUAAUUAAUUAUUCGUAAACUCGUCAGUUUUCUGUGUAAACAUUUCUCUUUUUAUGUCACAGCACUUAAGAAAUGUAGAGCAACCUUUGACAGUUUGCCCAAGUUGUAAAAAUGUUGGUGAAGCGCUAUCCACUUAGGGACCAGUUAAGUUUAGCGGAGUUGGUGCAUAAGAAACACAACUGCUCUUAAUACAAUGGAACCUCGCUCAACGACCACCGUGCUCAUACAACCACCUCAGUAUUAAGACCACGUUCUUUCGACCCAAACGUAAAAAAAUGGAGUCAUUUUUGUUAUUUUCAAAACGAGCUCCUCUUUGUUACUCCCAAGAUGUUUCAUUGCCCAACUGUAGUCGCAUUAACAGUUCUCUACUGUCUAGCUCGCUAAACUACAGGCGGGAUAUUUUUAUAACCAUUUUAACAGAGAUUGUUGUCGCAGCAACUUACAACAUCAGAGAGAUUAAGAUCACGUUUACGCCAAAUGGCAAACGUGAAUUUGUACCACGUGACCAAGUUUUCCCCUUAUUUUUCGUUUACUGUUUAUUGCUUCUACACAAAAAUAAGUAGUUUUAUGCCAGUUUUAUCCAAAAGAAUUGUUCUGGACUGUUUUUAUCUGCUUAUUUUCUAUUCUGAGAAAUCCUCAACUGCCGUUUGCCGUAAACGUGAAUCUUAAUCUGUCUAUUUAGUCUAAACUAAGUGCGCGCCUAUAACGCGAGUCAGGGUAUUGAAAUGUGCGGAGGCCAAAAUUUGUGACGCACAGAGGUGCUUAGUCCGUCGGGAGCGGGUAAACUAAGCACACCUUUGGCCUCAGGUUUAUUUGGCAGAUAACUAUUUCGAGCUAACGACUUAAAAUAAGGACUCUUUACCUUUUUCCCUGUAUUUGAAGAAAACUCAAGGGUUUGGAUGGCACCGGAUCGCUUGCAACUCUUUAAUUGUUUGAUCCUUUUCAAAGCCUGCUCUGUUAGACUUUUUAUCCUCAAGGUAAUCUGUCAUCACGAGGAUCUGAUUUAGUGCGCCGUAACAGAAGUCUCUCUUAUUCAUAUCAAACUAAAACAACCAUGAAUUUAAUUGUUCCCCACUUUAUUUAGAAUAUAAGGCAAUCUUUACAAGAUCAUCUAACCUAAGUGGCACCUAUGUCCCACUGUGAAUUUUGUUUCUUCUGAGAGAAAACUUGAGGUAAACUAACCGACUAAAAUUUUAAUGCUCAUUGGAAAGUUCUGGGUUCUUUACUACUGAACCAAGAUGUAGCCCAUGGUUUUGAUGUGCUUGUUUCCGUUGUCUGGGGAAAAUUUCCACACGUGUUUGUGUCGUCAUGAUUUCCUCCUGUACCAAAUCCGAUUCUGGAGUCACACAAGAAACAAUCGUUCGCUUCAUUGCUUGUGAUACCAAUUCUUGCCUUGGAAUGUGGUUUAUCACUGCAGAUAGCAUUGAACCCUUCCUUGUUACAGUAUUUUUGUAAGGAUGCCUGUGGACCAAUCAGCGACUUCUACGUGAUUCGACCCAGUGAGGUGGCGCGGUAUAGGCCGUCAGCGAUCAGCGAGUACAGCGAGUUGGCGUACCUGUAGAUGGUAAAGAAUCUUAUCUUGUGGCCGAUCUUCAUACCGAGGCAGAUCUUGGAGAAGGGUGUUUUCCAGUAGCUCGGCAGCUUAGUCUCUUGUGAAUCAAACCCAGUUCUCCCUCCUGCAAUGUUGUAUGGAUUUUUGUCGCUCCAGAGAUGAGAAUCGUAGUGGAAAGUUUUCUGCAAACGAGAAUCAUAAAAUAAAUAUUCAUAUCACAGUUAGGUGAUAAGCUGAAAGACCUGUACCUUAGUGCCGUCAAUCUUCAUGGCCAGCGUCCAUCCUCCAUCUCCGCAUCCAAAGUCUCCCAUGUGACAGUAAACAGAAAACUUGUGUGAAUCAAACUUCAGCGUAUACACUCGGCUGGAAGUUAACCUGAUGGAGAAAAAUUUAAGCGACAAAAAUGAACAGUCCUCUUCAUCUUUGUCAAUAAAUGUCAGGCGAGAAACAUCGUCUCGUCCCAAUUCAAGAUGCUCACUAAAAAAGAAACGGGCAAGGGGUUCUGUCCUACUAAAAGAGUAAAGGAAUUGCGGCAAAAUAUAGGUAGUUGUAACAUGCAUGUGAUGCAUCAAAAAACCGAUCAGUAAACUUACCCGUGAUUAUCAUACAGUUCCUUGCAAGAGGAGGCGGGAACGACUAGAAGGAAAAAUAAUAUUUCCGGUAAGGUUGGGGAUAAAAUUCACUUUAAGCCAAAACUAUAUGUUGAAAUAUUUUAGGUCGACUUUUUACCCGGCGUGGAAGUCUUGCUGAUUAGUGCAGUUAGAUUUUCCAACUUUUCCCCCAAGUUCUGUGCAAGCUUGUCAAGUUUGUUUUCCAACUUCUUGAUGGCAUUACAAGCUGCAUUGGGCGAGUUCGACAAUUUUGCAGCAUUCGCGACAACUGAUAGUAUGGCAAUAUGGGCGAGAAAAACCAAGAACGAACGCAUUUUGGAAAUUAGCUUGUGUCUUUUGUUUCGGCAACGAGUCCUUUGGCUUACUAUAAUCUCCUAAUACUGACACCCGCAGGAGUUGGUAACAAUAAGAUAUUAUUAACAAAAGAUAGACAGGAAAAUUCUCUCGUCCGUAUAGCCGCGUCAUGAAUUUGUGAAGUUCAUUUUUCACUUUACAAUUUAGUUAGCGUACUAAUCUGCUUUGUCUUGAAGUGUUUUCUGUUGUACACAUUUCCUAAAUCCUUAGGUUUCGCAAAUUUAAAGAACGGCAUUAUAUUUGACAACUUUGCACCAAAUAUAAAGGCAAAUUUGCCGGACAAAAGGCUGAAUAAUAAUUGAGAUGAAGUCGGCAUAAAAAUCGCUUAGACAAAAGGCGAAUAGACAGUUUGGAUUCAUUUUCUACCCGUCUUUUCUUUCCUAGUCCGCAGUCGCUUACAGAGGAAGAACCGCUCACAAUCCGAAAAUACAUUGCAUCAGAGAAAAUUCAAGAACGCUUGAAAACAAAUCUCAAUUUAAAAUUGUAGACUGAAAAAAAUCUAACAAACCUUCUGGAGUCAAAACAAUCAAAUUAAUAUCGAUUAUGCAAAUUUUUUCCAAAGGUAAUGUUCCGGUUUGAUAGUUAGCAUAUUAUCCUGACAGAUAUCAGUUAUCUUUCGUGGUGGUUUGUAUAUGAUUAGGCUCCCCUAACAUUGACUCGGCCCCAAGUUGUCUCUACUCAUUAAUUAUUUACUAGGGAAGCGCUUGGGUUAUGCGCGCGGGGAAGAUGGGAAGGCGAGAGGAGGGGAGACGACUGGCAGAUCCCGUUUCCAAUAUUGCGAACAAAAUAAAGGCGGAUGUCAAUGAAGACCGAAAUCUUCAAAAUAGGCCUCUCCAUCACGCGUAUUUUUAAGCUGUUAAUUGCCUUGUAAAUUGUCUCUCCCUUCUCCCUUCUUCCUUCCCGUCAUCCCCCUCGUUAAAGAGCCCGUUAUAGUCUUCCACGCCAAAUACUAAUAAUGAGAGACGACUGGGGACGAGUGAGCCCUUAACAUCCCCUUUCAUCCGAUGGUCAGUUCAGUAUUGAUUUAGCCCGGGAAAAAGCUCUCAAUUUCGAGAGGCGCGUAAAGCGAGCCGCGAGAAAAAGCGCGAGCGAAUGGCAAGUUCGCAUCUUAUUUCUAAUGCCACUGGCCUGCUUGCGUGUGACUCCUCACAAUAUCUCCAGAGAGCCCCGACCAGUUCAAUCGAUAAAAACCGAUAUCGGAAAACGAUAAGUAGUUAAAGAAAAUCGAUUUUAUCGAUCAAUCGAUAGAAAUCGAUACUCAGAACCAUCGCUGCUCUUUUAAGGUAUUGAAUUUAUCGAUUUAGCGAUUUUAUCUUUUUCAUUAAGGACUGUGUACUCAUUGACACUUAAUUGUAAAUGCAAAAUACAUGUUCUUCCCGAGACAGCGUUUAGGAAACAAGCUGUGUUUUUGCCGAUGCCGAUGCGUUUGAUAAGGGGCUUACAUCGAUACAAUUAACUAAUUUUCAUCAAGUUGUUCAAUUGUUAUCGAUUAUCGGUUUUAUCGAUUGAACUAGUCGGGAGAGAGCUCGAGCUUGCUUACGGACCUGCCUCGUACCCAAGCGCGUCUUGUUUCUGCGGUAGUCGCGGCGUAAGGGGUCUUCCCGGGUGCCUUUGCGUUACUUUCCCAUGAUUCUUGCGCUGCCACUACUGAAUUUUUUCAGGCUUUCAGUUCGUAAUUAUUUAUUUUUGUCAGUCUAUUCAAACCCCUCCUUCGGAAAACCAUUGUCAACCUAUAGCUGUCGAAGCCGAGAGUUUUUAAACCUCAAUCACGAUUGCGAGUUUUGCGAGUACUUUAUGUUCGGUUGUGCUACUCUGAUUACCGUAAAUCCUUAGACUCGUCCCCAGUCGUCUCUCAUUAUUAGUAUUUGGCGUGGAAGACUAGAACAGGCUCUUUAACGAAGGGGAUGACGGGAAGGAAGAAGGGAGAGACUCUCGCCUUCCCAUCUUGCCCGCCCGCAUAACCCAAGCGCUUCCCGAUGAAAUGAUUAAUGAGUAGAGACAACUUGAGACGCCUGGGGACGAGUCAGGUAAAUCCUCUAUUAAGCUCCCCAGGGGCUUAUUUUUUCCAAGCACUUUUGAGAAGGGGCCUAAUAGAGAGGGGGACCUAGAGCAAGGUUUCUCUAGGACGGACUUGUGGUUCCCGGGCGUAAUACUACUUUUUUUAACAAUAACAAAAUGGUAACAAUUCUCCACAGAGAACUAGAGCGUAAAGUUGAAAAAGUUAAGCACUUGAAGUUGGAGGUCAUGCAGCCGAAGACCAAAAACAAUAUGAAUGAAUUUCUAGCCUGAAUAAACCACAACUGAUCAGUCCACUUUAAUUUUUUGUGAAGAAUUAAGGAUGGAGAGGAGGGGGAGGGGGAGCUUAUUCUGAAAUUUCCUCCUCUGCAAAGAGGGGGGCUUAAUAGGGAGGGAAGGGCUUAAUAGAGGAUUUACGGUAAUACGCGCAGUAACUCGCCAAUGAAUUAUUUAUCCUCUAGGUAUGAAAAGGACAGAUUUGUACAAGAGGUGCACACAGACUAUGUAGUGUGGGAAGAAACAGGAAGGGCAGAUUACCGUUACACAGCAACUAUGACAGAGGUGCGCGCGAGAGACGAACUUGCUGUGAUAAUUGAGAAUGGUCAGAUUUACUCAUGUGUAUUAGAAGGUUUCACUGAAUGCGAGGGGCUGCCACGAGAUUCUCGCUGUUUUAGGUCAAUUCUGUGGUGAAGUCAUUACCAAGUGUCUUUGCCCAUACACAAAAUGCUCCUGUAAAGUUAUGAAGAAGAUAUCAUAAAAUUUCACCAGAGAGCACUAAACCAUAAAGUUUUUGGGGGUAAUUCAGUUUGCAGGAAUAGCAUUAAAACUUGAAAAAGUUUCAAUCCAUUUCCAUCCUUGCCAUCCGUUGCAACAGACGACAGGAAACGAUUUCGUUGCCUAAAUAUAGUCUUAAAUAACAAAACUGGGCCAGUAUUUUUGGAAGUCCAUUGAUGCGAAGACAAAUUUAGCUUUUUAAAAAUAUAGCGAAUAGCGUGAUAUAGCCACUUCAACAAAUCCACAAGGUUGACGAUGGUUUUCGGCAGGAGGGGAAGCGAAGCAAAGUAAAAAUGAAACAGAUUAUAGGAGAACUUAUAUACUUUCCUUGAUUGCUGAGUUUGAGUAGUUGUUAAAUGAAAUUAAUACGACUAACGAAAUCGGUCGGAACACAUGUCCACUCAGUUUAGGGAAAGUUGGUAAAAUCCUCCUCAUUUGGUUUACUUUUCUUUGAUAGGCUGGUUGUUUAAAAGAAGCUCAGUCAUGGAGAAGAAUGACCACAAAUAUCUCUGGAGAAACAACAAACCUCUGGACACAAAAUGUUGGUUUUUCUUGUCCUAUUUCUUUUCUUUUAUUUCUUUUUUUAGAGCUACAGUAAAAAACCCCAAGUAAGAACCUACAUUUUCCUGGUUAACAUAAAUUUAGGCUAUCUAGGUUCUUAAUAGGUUCUUAAUUUCUUGCAAGAAAUUAUGUCGUUGCUAAGAAGAUUUUAGUGAUCAGCACCCUUAAGUUUGCAUACCUAAUGUUGCUUAUAUUUUAGUAUGACCAUAAUAGAGAUCUAUUCUCACGUGAAUUUUAAUUUCUUGAGUCAAAACAACUUUAUAUACAUGAUUGUGCUCUAAAACACAAUAUUAUAAACAUUUUCUCAAUGACCUCAAUCAAACAACAUAUAAGAACCUUUCUCCAAAUUUUAGGCUAAAGAGGUUCUUGUAUAGAGGGGGUCUAAAUUGCAAAUUUUAGCCUAACAGGUUCUUAAAUCUUAGGUUCUUACUCGUGGGUUUUUACUGUAUCGUGUGCGGAUGUCUAGUUGUUUGUUUAAUUGUUUAAAACAGAUGCCAAUUCGUUUGUUAAAUAGGAGAUAAAGUAAAAUCACUCCAAAAACAAAAUCCUUUUUCUCCGUUGCAACAUCUUUCGUGCAUAGACAGACAUGUACACAAAAGAAUUGAAUUAUUACCUAAAUUGAUUGCAGUAGUAGUGAGGUGAGUUGACUGACUGUGUCUGUCCCGCCAAGAUCAAAGCACUAGCUGCCAGUGCGCUUUUGUGAAACUUGAAUUAAGGAAAGGUAAAGAUUUAAUGUUGUUGUAGUUGUUGUUGUGUCAAUUGAACAAACGUGACACCCUCUCUUAUUCUUAAGAACUAUCACAGCAGUUUCGAGCCAGACCCAAGUGAUAAGAGCUUUGAUGGAAGCCAGCCGUACGAGAUUCUAAACUCAUCCGGGAUAUUCCAGUUGGUGUUUCUUGGUUCUGGGUUAUUCCGAUUCCAACUCAGAGUUGUUGGUGCUCAUUUUAGGUGAGUGAUAUUUCUAGCUAGAAAAAAAGGCCUGUACAAGUUUAAGGGAUUUUUGAGCAUGUUCCAGCCUCUUAGUUCGGGACGAGUGCUAAGCUAGCGAGCGUGCGAGAAAAACUUUGCGAAGAACGUGGAAAGACGUAGCCUGCGUUGUAGCUGGUGGGAUUUGUCGCGCGCGACGGCUUCAUUCCACAGGCGCUUUUGAUUAGGCUAAAAGGCCGUGAUAACAGUGGGGACGAUUACAGUAGUGCUGUCCCUCUCGAAAAUCCCUCGUACCACCAACAGCCCACCAGCAGGCUUGGAGAGAAUCUGUUCGCUAACUAAAGCGUGGAGCAGCCUAGAGGUUUACAUGUCUUUUAGUUGUCCCAAGUGUCGCUUGGGAUUGAGCCCAUGGCCUUACCAACCAGGGGCGGCGGGGCUGCCUUUAAGCCAUUAAGCCCGAACUUAACAAGAAUUUGGUUCAAAAUGAGCUUAUGUAAUGGCAUUUUAACAGGGUGUAAAGUUGCACCUACACUACAAGAACCAAUGUCUGUCGAACUAAUGGGCAUGCAAAAUUGGCACACAAUUCAUUAGGAAAGUAAUGUCGCUGGCAGCUUCUUGGUUUUUCCUGCAAAUACGUCGUAGGAUUCCCGUUUGUUUACUCUGAUUACCUGCUGGGAUUAUAUAGGUUAAGAACCCAUUAUUUUGGAGUAUCUGCUAUCAAAUAAUAUCUAGUAAACAGUUUUCUCUUUGUUUGAUUUCUUUUUUGUUCUUGGUUUUGUUUUUUAAUUCUGGAGACUAACUUUGUAGAAUUUAACAAAUACUAAGUACCUAGGUAGCCAAGUGGCUCCUUAGAAAAUGCCCUAAAAUGCCCUUUCUACAAUUUGGGCUUAAAAGGAAAAAAUAGGUGGCUACGCCCUUACCAACUGAGCCAAAACCUCUGGCGGCGGUACCUACAGCAUAGCUUUGAGUUCUUUAUCAUUACUGAUAAGUGCCUUUUUCCCUGAUGUCUUUCUGUCUUUGUCAUCUAUAUCCCUGCAGUUUUUGUGAACUUACCACGCGGUUUUCCGUUGAAGUAACAAGCACUGAUGAAGCGAAGGAAUUCUUGCCGCAGCUUGUGUCUAUUUUAGUGGUGACCCUUAGUAGCACUGUUCUACUGUACAUCAGCUUUGCUCAUUAUACUAAAAAGACACUGCAUCGACAUCAGGAAGAUGAGGAAGAACAACAAAGGCUGCAAGAACUCAGGUAAGAACAAAGUUUGAACCAUAUUUUUCCUUAGCCUACUAUUCCAGGCAUUCAGAUAAUAGGGAGGCCGCCAAAACAAGCCAAAGAAACAUAAGACGCACGUGAUCUCCUCCCUCCCCAACCCAGGGCACGUCAGUUUUCGCAUGAGGUUUCACAAUCCCUGUACAUUACUAUCGUGGAAUCUGGAACGGGCGAAUUUUUCCUCGACUAAAUGAUGUGCUUCAAUUUUAAGAUAUUUCCUCUAGUGCCAGUUUUCCUAGUGGGGCAUGUCUACUCUCGUACAGCACGCCGCUGCGACUUCUUAGGCACUUUCUCUAUUUACCCUCCACGGAAAAGAAAAAAAUAAUCCUUCCUUAUGGGAGAUGGAGAGGCGUGAAUUCGAAUGUCAGUUAUAUUCUGGAAGCUCCCUGUUACAAGAAGGUUUCCUUUCAGGUGGGGUCUGUGGCUUGGGGCGGGGGGUGGUGUGGCUAGGCUGCGAACGAAAGGCAUGUCGACAGGUCCUAAGAUAAUAAAUCUAUUAAAUACAUAUACUCAAUUCUACUUGUGUCGUGUCGCCACCUUCCACAGUACCUCCUAGAUUUGAGCAUAUUUUCACACUUAGAAUCGCCGGUUUCGCUUGGCAAUUUCCUAGUUUUGAAUAGGUUAAGUUCACCGCUUACUAUGCCCGUUACCCUCUUACACAUGUCUUGUGUUGCAGGAGCCUAUUUUCCUCCCUAUCAGCAAGGAGCAGAUGAUGAAGGCCAGGCUCAUCGACACCCACAGGUCACAAUGUUCGCCGCUUUACAGGAACAGCAAUGCUCAUGACCAAUCGGCUGCCAGAGGAAUGCCUGGUAGAGGAAUCCUCCAAGCGGCAGACAUAGUCAUAAACAGCUUACAUACACAACCACCUCCACCAAGUGACCUCGACUGAUCUACCACCUCCCCCUCCCCCUUAUCCCCAUCCCAUCCCCUCUUACCGUUGUCGCAUCUUACUGUUUUCAACACGAGUUACGUUUCGAUAAGCCAUAAUGUGGCUACGGCGAAGUUUAAAACUGCCACAAAUUUAGCUUUUCUAACCAGUACCAUUUGCCAAAAAAAAAAAACGUAAAUCGUUAAUGCUGUUUUUGUAUCACUUUUAAUCAACUUAGGAGAUCUUCAUGCAUUGUAACUUCAUAUAUUA